AUGGAUGCCCUCGGUCUCCUCUGUGAGAGUCACUGGAGCACCGAAGUGGUUUCUGUGGAUGAAAUCGAUCUGGUUCGCUUCUUUCUGCGAUAUAACUUGAAUUGUCAGUCUCCAUCUGUGAGGCAGCAGAUGUGCUACCUAAUCAAGAAGCUCUUUUGCCGUGUACAAGAAAGUUCACAGGUUCUAUAUAAACAUCAGCAGAGUAAAAACUUCAAAGUGUUCCAACAGACAGAAAAUGAAGUGGAUCCCUGCACAGCCCUAAGGCACUAUACAGAAUUCAUGUCAUCUAUAACAAGUUAUCUUUUUGAGUCUCUGUUUCCUGGUUCAUCGCAUCCUACG